AUGGCCGCCCAAGCCCAGCAAGCCCAGCAGAAGGCUGAGUACUUUGUUGCUCAGAUUGACAAGGAGCUCGAGAAGUACCCUCACCUGGUCAACUUCGAGCGAUCGACUGGUGUCCCCAAGGCAUACGCCGCCAUCGGUACUCUCUCCAUCCUGACCAUCCUCAUCUUCUUCAACAUCUUUGCCGGCUUCUUGACCCAGCUGAUUGGCUUCGCUGCCCCCGCCUACUUCUCCAUGAAGGCACUUGAGUCUCCUCAGCCCCAGGAUGACGUCCAAUGGCUCACUUACUGGGUCGUCUUCGGUGCUUUCACCUUUGCCGAGAGCUUUGUCAACGUUAUCCUGUACUGGUUCCCAUUCUACUACACCAUCAAGACUCUCGUCGUGCUGUACCUCAUGCUCCCUCAGACUCAGGGUGCCAAGGUCGUCUACGCCCGAGUUCUGCGACCUGCCUUUGCCCAGACCAGGUCCGCUGCUCACUCGACGAGCGCAGCCCCCACCACUGGCGCUACUCAGUAA